AUGGUAUUUUGUCAUGCUCAUUUAAAUGAAGAUACAACAUCAUCAACUAGAGUUUUCCUAAAAUAUCUUUUUUCAGAAUUAGCUAAUUCUCUUGGUAAUGAUACAUUAAAUAAAUAUGUAAAUGAUCCCAUGAAACAAUUACGUAUGCUUUUGCUUACAAUUUUUGUGGUGACUCUUCCUUCUGUCACUAUUGCUCAAUAUGGAAAUUGUGUUGCUAGAAAUGGUCGCAGUGGAGAAUGUAUCAGUACUAGUCGAUGUUCAUCUCUCGGUGGAACAUCGGAUCCUGCUAAUCUUUGUCCAGGUGAUCAAACUAUUCAGUGUUGUACCUAUCGUGAUUGUAAAAAUAGUCAAGGAGUUGCUGGUAGUUGUCAACCUACUGCCACAUGUGCAGGAAAAUCUGAUCCUGCUAAUCUUUGUCCAGGUGGUAAUAAUAUUCAAUGCUGUACUGGUGGUAGCAGUAGUGGUGGUAAUCUUCCUUAUCUCAAUGCAAAACAAUCUACUUAUGCUCGUAUUAUUGGUAAAGCUGCUCGUGAUAAUGGAUUACCACGUCGUGCCUGUGAAGUAGCCAUAGUAACUGCAAUUGUUGAAUCUAAUAUUCGUGUUUAUGCUAAUUCGAAAGUUGCUGAAUCGUACAAGUAUCCUCAUGAUGCCGUCGGAUCUGAUCACGAUAGUGUCGGUAUCUUUCAACAACGACCUCAAUUUUGGGGAACUGUAAAAGAUUGUAUGGAUCCUAAAACUAGUGCUAACAAAUUCUAUAAUGCUCUGAAAGGUGUAGCUGGAUGGCAAAGCGUCAGUGUUGGUACAGCUGCACAGAAAGUACAACGAUCAGCUUAUCCUUUACGAUACGAUGAACAUACUACCAAAGCAACUGCAAUUUGCAAUAUAGCUUAUUAG